GAAGGGGUUAGAGACAGUGAGGGACACACAUACAGUCAGGGAGAAGGGGUUAGAGACAGUGAGGGACACAGACAUAUUCAUAAAAUCGCGGAUUGCGGGUCAGAGACAGGACAGACAGUCACGAUAAGGCGGAGUGGUGAGGGCGGUUAGAGACAAAGAAAGAAAUACUCAUAGAAACAGACACUCAGACAGGGAAAGGUGGAGGGGGAUCAGGGAGAGACACACAUCGAAACUGUGAGAGGGCCAGACACAGACAAGGUCUGAGACAGGGACAGAAACUUAGUGAGCGAAGGGGUGUUAGAGAGAGGGAGAUACGGCGAGGCUGAGCGGUGAGGGGGUCAGAGACAGAGAGACAGACUGGGGUUUCAGAGAAAGAGAGACAUACUGUAGGCUGACACCAACACAGAGACAGAUAAGGAGAAAGAUCGUCGGAGAGAGAGAGAGAGACAGCAGAGCGGAUAGAGGAUCAGAGAUAUAUGAAUACAGACACAUACAGGGUCAGGGAGAGGGGUUCAGACGCAAAGACUGCCACAGAAAGAAAGACAAAUAGGGAGAUAUAGAUACACAGAAACAGGCAAACAAAGAGACUGUGACAGCGCUGAACGGGAUAUAAAGUCAGACAGCCCAGGAGAGAGCGGGUACAGGGAGCCCCAGACCAGGAACGACAGGGGCCUGUUCCGGCUGUGCCAUGUCCGACUCAGAGGAUGAAAUUCACGACCGGCAGCUAAAGAUCGUCAUCUUAGGGGACGGCGCCUCAGGAAAGACUUCUUUAGCAAUGCGUUUCGCCCAGGAAGCUUUUGGGAAACAGUACAAACAAACAAUUGGAUUGGAUUUUUUCCUGAAAAGAAUAUCUCUACCAGGUAAUUUAAAUGUUACACUGCAAGUCUGGGAUAUAGGUGGGCAAACCAUUGGAGGAAAGAUGUUGGACAAGUACAUUUAUGGAGCUCAGGGUGUCCUAUUGGUAUAUGACAUCACAAACUACCAGAGUUUUGAAAACCUUGAAGACUGGUAUGCCGUAGUGAAGAAAGUAAAUGAGGAAUCUGAGCAACAGCCUGUAGUUGCAUUAAUUGGAAAUAAAAUCGACUUGGAGCACAUGCGAACUGUGAAGACAGACAAGCAUCAACGAUUUUGCCAGGAAAACAACAUCAGUGGUCAUUUUGUGUCUGCCAAAACUGGAGAUUCUGUAUUCCUCUGUUUUCAAAGGUUUGCAGCUGAUAUAAUUGGUAUCAAGCUAAAUAAAGCAGAGAUUGAGCAAUCACAGCAUGUAGUGAAGGCAGAUAUUGUGAAUUACAGCCAGGAGCCUGUGGUGAGAACUGUGAACCCUCCCAGAAGUUCAAUGUGUGCAGUUCAGUGAUCCCGUCACAUCCCCAUAUUAGUACAUUUGGCAAUCUUGCUUCGUUCACACAGGCCCAUUCUUUCUCAGGAACUUAGUUUUGACAGCAACCAUCUCGGUAACACAGUAAAAGACUUCACGGACUGACUGCAUUACCGUAUGCUGAGAAAUACAAGGCAGCCACUGUCCACUGCAGAGAUGCAAGAGGUUGGACCACACAUUUGAGCAUAAUUUUCAGAAUUGAGUUAUGAAAGGAUUUUCACCAUUUUGUUUAAAAUGAUGGUGUGACUGCAUAGGAUACAUAUUUUGUAACUACCAAAAACCUAAUUUAUUCAGUAUUGCAGUUAAUGUAUAUCGACAUUUACAGAAAAUGCUUUUAACUCCCAGCAAAUUCACUUGAAAUAACAAGACACACAGGUUUAAAGACCUAAAAAAAUCCAGCACAUUUUUAUUAUAAUUUUUUAAUAAGAAAUGUGGGCUUUGUAGCAAAUUGCCAUGAAGAUCCGAAUACUACUUAAGAAAAAAACUCCCUGGGCAAAUAAAGAGUCAAGCCUGUGAAAAUAAAUUUGGCCAUUGAGCGUAGCCCUCUAUACCUUUACACUUCCAUAGCAUCCAGUUGCAUCUUGAAUACCCUGAAUGAUUUUGUUCUUACUUACUUGCCUGGUUGAUUAUUCCAUGCAUUUGUGAAUCUUUUGGUACGACUCUUAUUUGAUUAAGUUCGUUUUAGGUAAUUUAAUUUCAAAGUCCUUAUAGUAUAAAAUCGUAUUCUGGGUAUGCCUUACUUAUACCAUUGAAUAUUUUACAUACUUCUGUGACGUUCUUCCUGAACCUUUUUUUCCCAGAGUUUUGCAUUAAAUUUUGUUUUGUAGGUCUUUCCCUUCUACUCCUGGAAGUCAGGCAUGCUGUUGACUUUUGCAUCCUGUCCUCUAUGUACCUGUUUGUGGACCCACCUGUCUGUUUGUGUAUAUUUUAUAAACACAUUUUGUGGCAUGAACAGAAUUAACUAUGAAGUAUGAUCCGAGACUGUACGUUACAAAGCCCUAGGAUAAUUCCUAUAUCUGUGUACUGUGUUGUUUUGUCAAAUGACUUGGUAUUAUUUUAGCAUUUUAUUUGUAUGUUAUUUCAUCUUCAAAAGCAAUAAGGACUAGUACCAUUGUAGAAUCUUUUGCAACAUAUGCAUUUAUACGGCAGUUUUGCCUAGUUUCAAUGCCAAAUGUUCGCUGUAUGUCUGGCAUCCUGAUCUAACUUCACACCAGUGUGAGAACCUCUGAGGAGAGAACUGCCACUUGCUUGUAAUUCAUACUGUUUGGAGUACAGUUUUGAACCCUAAGACAUUAGUGUGUGGAAGUUGUUAGCUCCGUGUUCUAAACAGUUGGAUUUUACUAACCAGUUUAGGAACAUCGUGCAAACGUGUACGUGAUGUACUUAAAAAACACUUUCACUCAAUCAGUGUGUACUCCUUCAUAUUUCUCGAUAUCAAAUGUCAUUCUGUCUAUACUUCUACUGUUAACACCGGCACAUCACUACUCUGCCCUGCCACUGCUGGAAUUUAAAAGGCCCAAACAAAUGAGGCGUAAAAUCCUGAAACUUCAGGACCACUAAAUGACCAUUUCCAGUUAGAAGUUGCAAGGCCUCAGCCAUAAGCAGUCUUUUAUUUUUAAACCAGCUUCUUAUCCUAGUUUUACCAUAGCUCUAUUGUAGAUUUAGUCUAAUCCCUUUUCCGUGGAAUUUGCAGAUAUUCUGAAAUCUCAAAUAAACAAGCACUACCAUUGGAAGAUCCACCAUCAGUUUUUUCUGGAGCAUUCACAAGUAAAUCAGGGUGAUUUGUUAGGUGUUUCCUACUUUGAUAUUGUUUAUUUCUACAGUUAGUGAUGCUCCGGUACUGUCUCUUAGACUAAUUUCCAUACUUUUACGAUAACUUUCCUAAGACAGUACUGUCUAUAUUUUGUUUGCUUUCCAACCUUUAUUGAUAAUGCAACUGAUUUGUAACUGCUGGUAUAUAUUGGUCUUGUUCUUUAUGACUCCUUACGCAUCUCUGUACCUCACAGCUAUCAGCUUGAGAAUGUCGUAAAAUAAGACUAAAUACAUUUAACAAGUCUUUGUUUUACAAAUAUUUAAACAUAAAUUUUUAAUAGUAAGUAAUAUUUGACUCUUGCUAGGUGCAUACAGAUAUUUUUGAUUUUAUGCGUAUUUUGUUUUAACUAUUUCAGUGCAAAUUCCAUUGCAUUCUAUUUGAUGUCUCAGCAGCACAAAAGGACUCUUGGCAUUCACAUUCUGUACUAAUUUGUAAAUACUUUCUAAUCAACUUGUUCAGAGAUUUUAUUAUACACCUCUGGAGCACAUGAGACUUGAACCUGUGCUCUGUGGCCCAGAGGUGGGCACACUACCACUGUAUCCGUGCAUACCGUGAAAGCAGUCAAAUAUAUGUGAUUGUUGGUAGCAGUUUGAACCAUGUCCACUUGCGGAUUAGCAAAGUAUCAGCUCCAUGAAUAGAUGGAAGUUUUGCAGUGUCAAGUCCACAUAAGUACAGUGUAUAUUAUAUGGUUUCAAAGCAGCAAUUAGAAAUGUGCAUAAUAUUUACAUCACUUUUAAUAAUCUUCCUCACUAAUAUUCCAACCAAGAUACUGUAUGAGUUCAUCUUACUAAGGAUCAUUAAUUAAAUUGUAAAAUAAAUUAUCUAUAAUCUUUUGCAAACUUCACAAUUCCUAUUGUAAGAUGAAUGAUUCAUUGUCCCAAAAGUAGUUAACUAGAUGCCCAAUAUUUGCAAUAUCAAUGAAGACUCAAUAGUUUUAAAACAUUUUUGAUAUUUCAAUAUGAUUUUUUUUGCGAUAUAUUACAUAAAAAUAGAGUUGCAUUGCAAUUUUAUUACGGAUUUUCCAAAUGUAUGUCAUUUCUCAAUGCGCAAUAUAAAGGAUGCAGAAAAUAAACUGUUUAAAAUAUUGCUGAGCUGAUGUUGUAACAUUGAUGUAAUUGUUCUUGUGUUGUAAAUUUUAUUUGUAUACAAAUAUGUUAGAAGAAAAACAUUUUACAGCUUUGUUAGAAUGUAUAUCUACUUAUAAAAUGAAAUCAACGAGAUUUACAGAAUUUGGCCUGAUUGAUUCAUUGAAUACAUAUGAACAUAAUUUAUGGUAAACAGCCUGAUCUUUACUGAAGGUAUUUCAAUUUAACUUUUUUACAUUGCUACUUUGAAAUAUUCAAGUAUUGUAUAUUUUAAGAAUUUUAUUUUAAUUAAAAUCAGUCAACUUAA